UAUUAUUAAAGUUUACAGCGAAUUAUUUUUGUAAACAUUAGCCAAGUAUAAUUGAUUUAUUAGUAUAUUAAUUAUGCCGAAACAUUUGGAUUUACGCCCAAAUCAAGCACUUUUAAAUCUUCAAUUUGAGAAAUAUCAAUUUUCUUCGGAACUAAUUCCAAUUGAUGAUGAAAAAGAAUUACCUAUAGAAUUACUUCGAAUAGAGCCGUUGCCAGGACAAGAUUCAUGGUUAGAAACUAGAAUCUUUGCUUUUCACAAUCAUUUAUUUAAAAACCCUUUUGAUUCAUCAUGCUGGUUUUAUGAUCAAAAUUAUCAAGUAUUUCGACUACAACAGGAUGGAACAUUGAACCUUGUUUACUCUUUUUCUACAGCACAAUUUGAUAAAAAAACAAUCAAGUUUAAUCCAACAAUUUCAUUUGCUUCUGAUGACAUUGUUGUUCUUACUGGAGUUAACAAUAAUUUAAUAAUAAUGAUAACAUCACCAAAUAAAAGUUCACAUAAAUCAUUAGAACUUAAUGAUAUUGAACAAGGAAUAUUAUUAGAUUCUCGAUACAUAAAAGAAAAGUCGUUGCUAACAAUAAUAAUGAGUUGCAUUAUUGAAGAAAAUGGAAAAAAGAAAUCCAAAUUAAUUAUUGUUUUGUAUUCACUAAACAUUGAAGAAGAUACGGUAAAAGAUAUAGAUCAUUUGAUACAAAGACAAGAGUUAAUUGUUAAUGGAGCCAUAGAAUAUGCAUAUAUUGAAUCAAAUGGAGAUUUCAUUAAUUUAUUGAGUCAAGAAAUGGCCAAAUUUACAUUUGAUUCAUUAAAAGGAAUCCAAAUGGAAGAAAGUAUAAACGAACCAAUUAUAAAAAUUCCUAAAUACUCUUGGUCUCAAGAUGAAGAUUCAUUGACUGUUUGGGUUAAAAUACCAACAAAAUAUCAAGGUGCAAAGCCAAAAAUAAUUAUUUCACCAAUUAAAAUUUCCAUAACUGUAAACAAUGAUACUAUCAUUCAAGGAGAUUUUAAGUUUCGAAUUGAUCAUGAAGCGUCAGUGUGGAAUUUUGAAGAAGAGACAUUAAAAAUUGAAUUGAUGAAACAUGAAAGUGGCCAAAUGUGGGAUGAAUUAAUUAUCAAUGAUACAGAUGGUGAAUGUAUACCAAAUGAAGCUUUAGCAGCUGAGAUUCAUUCUAGACUUUCACAUUUAUGUACGGAACAACAAGAUGGUAACAAUGAACAAUCAGUUAUUGGUUUUAAUUCUGAACAGCUAGAGGAAUGUGAUUUAGAAGAUAAUGAUAAUACAUUGCAAAGAAUUAAUUUAAAAACACAAACUACUACUAAUUUCGCUAUAUUUGGAUCUCGCAAUCGAGUCUUGUUUGGAUAUAAAUCGAAAUCAUGUCAAAUACUUUGCUCACGAUAUGAUCAUGAUGCAUGCAUAUGGGAAUUAAAAGAUAGUAGAUCAGAUGAUUGGGCUAUUUCUCAUACGACUACUUUCCCUGGCUUUGGUUAUGUUGAAGCAAGUAAAAAUAACAAAAAAUUUUGUUUAUUAGCGCCUAAUUUCAGUUACAUUGCUAUUAUUGAACAUAGUAAAUAUGGUUUUUUAUAUGAAAGACCUAAUAAAAAUGAACGUGUAGCAAAACAAAGAAUUAUUGACUUGGGAUCAGAUACUCAGCCUAUUUUGGGCGCUGUUGCUACUAAUGAAAAUAUUUUCAUAUUAACAAAAGAUAAAUUAUACUCCUUGAAAGUAAUUUAGAACAAUGAAUUUAAUUUUGUAAUUUUUCUAACAAUUACUUAAUACAUACAUUAAAUUUAAUAUAAAAGAUUUUUUUACAUAAAUAUAUAAUAUGUACAAUGUUUCAUUUAACUUUUAUACUUAAAUUAUCAGUCA